AUGGUUGGACACAGGCAACCCCGGUUGUACUCGCAAGUGCGAGCAAACGUCACACUAGAGUUCACCGUGUAUAGCUACCAGCCGUUGCGCUUGUGGCUGGUAUGCGGUACAGCCUUCGUCGUUACAGACAUGUACGGACACGUCUGCGUCAUCCAGAAUGGCGGGGCGAUGCAGCGCUCGUUCUCCUCCAUCGCCGCACCCGUGCGGGACCGGGAUCUGGACGCGCUUCUUACUACGCUUGAGGAGCUACUACCAGCGCGAGCCGAGAACAUCAAGUUGCGCUUUCGCUCUGGAGGAUUUGAGAAGGGGGAGAAGGCGGGACUCACGAUUGCUGAGUCUCUGAAGGGCGUAGGAGAUGUGGAGAUGUCUCUGAGGAUGUACUUCAUAGCUUCAUAUGUCGUCGUGGGACAGCAGACCCGUGCAGCACCCAAAUCGUGA